AUGCUUGUCUUGAUCGCUGGUAUCACCGGCUUUGUCGGGAUCCCAUGUGCAAGGUCCGCUUUUGCAUAUGGCAUGGAAGUUCGGGGCCUAGCUCGGAACAUCAACAACCUUCCCGAGGAUGUACGAAGCAGACUCGAAGGCUUCGAGACGAUGUCAAGUCCCUAUGACGUCGCUGCAAUGGACCGGGCCACAAAAGGAGUUGACGCUAUUAUCUGCUCCUUUGCCGGCAUUCCAGAAAUGUUCAUGGAUUCGCAAUUGUUGCUCAUUCGGGCAGCAGAGCGUGCUGGAGUAAAGAUCUUCCACGCUACCUCAUGGAACUACGACUGGACCCUUUCACCUGGUUCACACGAGAUCUACGAUGAUAUGCGGGGCUUCGCCCAUCACGUAGCAGUCAGCUCUACCAUCAAGCCAAUCUACAUGUUUACCGGUGCAAUCGCGGAGUACUACUUCAAGCGGAGUCCUUAUGACUGGGAUGCGGAAACCAAGACAUUCAGCUUCCACGGGUCUUCGAACUUCCCAACUCGCUAUACCACCGCAGAAGACAUUGGUAACUAUGUGCUCGAGGCCAUCACGGCUCCGACUGCUGCCGAUGGAGGCUUUGUUCGUGUCCAGAGUUUCGAAGCCUCCCCCGAAGACAUCGUCAAGGCAUACAGUGCUGCGAGGGAAGGCAGGGUCACUGCUAAAUUGAACUGCUUAGGUUCAGUUAAGGACGCAGAGAACAAGUUGAACGAGGGCAGAGCUGAAAAUGGGAAGGGCGGCUGGUACAACUUCAUUCGGUAUUGCUAUCAAUAUCAUAUCCCAGCUCGUUCUUGGGAUUAUGAGCCAGUGGAUGUUGAACGCUUCCCAAACGUCAAGCAAACUAGCUUGGAGGAAUUCUUCCGCCGCAACCCUGAGGUGUAG